AGCAUUUCAAUAACCUGGUCUUUUAUGUGAUUUAAUAGCGGCGACAGUCUCCUUCUCCUUCUUCAGAUUCUCUCCUAGGGUUUAGCUUCCUCUGAAGAAAUCAAUCAUGGCUACUGAAACCGUCGUUGUCCCAGAGGCUCAGCCUACCCAACAGAGUUCCGAGGUCAAGCUUUUCAACAAAUGGAGCUUCGACGGUGUCACAGUGGGAGACAUUGCAUUGGAAGAUUACAUUGCUGUUGGAACAGCCAAGGCUACAUAUGUUCCUCACACAGCUGGAAGGUAUUCUGCCAAGCGUUUUAGGAAGGCUCAGUGCCCCAUUAUUGAGAGGCUGACCAAUUCUCUCAUGAUGCACGGCCGUAACAAUGGAAAAAAGCUUAUGGCUGUUCGCAUUAUUAAGCACUCCAUGGAAAUUAUUCAUCUGCUAACUGACCUUAACCCAAUUCAAGUCAUUGUAGAUGCUGUCAUCAACAGUGGACCAAGGGAAGAUGCUACUAGAAUUGGAUCUGCUGGUGUUGUUAGGAGACAAGCUGUUGAUAUUUCUCCAUUAAGGCGUGUGAACCAAGCUAUUUAUCUUUUGACAACUGGUGCACGUGAAAGUGCAUUCAGGAACAUCAAGACUAUUGCUGAGUGUCUUGCCGAUGAACUUAUCAAUGCUGCCAAGGGUUCAUCCAACAGUUAUGCUAUCAAGAAGAAAGAUGAGAUUGAAAGAGUUGCCAAGGCUAAUCGUUGAUCAUUUCUUGUUUGUGGUCAGAGGAGUUUUGAAGAGACAGACAUUAAUUUUAUUAUGGUUUUAUGUUUAGACUUUGUUUUGAGAACUUGAGUAUUCUGAUGAUCUCUUUCUUGUUAUUUUGUGUUGGGUUUUCUUCUAUGCUACAUGACUUUGGUUUUCUGGAAAUGUUUUUAGCUUUUGAAGUAUUUAUCCAAGAUUCAUAUUUGAGUUUUUA